AGUCGACCAUUAUUAUUGAAACAUACAUAGACUAACAAAACUAGAGAAAUGGGAGAGAAUUUGAACGAAUUGCUUCAAUCUCAAGCUCAUGUUUGGAAUCAUGCUUUGAAAUUCAUAAACUCCAUGUGUCUAAAAUGUGUUGUUGAAUUAGAAAUCCCAGAUAUUAUCCGUAACCAUGGCCAACCGAUGAGCCUCUCUAGUUUAGUUGCAGCACUCCAUAUUGAACCAACCAAAGCUGAAUGCCUUAGCCGCCUAAUGAACCUCCUUGUUCAUUCGGGCUUCUUUACUACUGCUCAAACACAAGCUCAUGACAGAGCUGAAGAUGUGAAGUACAGUCUCACCCCUUCUUCUAAACUACUCCUUCACAAUAAGCAAGCCACACCCUUCUUGUUUCUUGCUUUGGAUAAAUCAACAAUAGCUUCAUUUCAAAGUUUGAGUAGUUGGUUUUGUAGCUCAAAUAACAAUGGCCAAAAUUACUCAAAUGCUUUUGAAAUGGCAAAUGGGAAGCUAUUAUGGGAGUAUGCUGCUCAAGAACAAACUUUUGCCAAUUUGUUUCAACAGACAAUGGUGUGUGAUUCUGAAAUAAUUGGUAAAAUAGUGAAGGAGUGUAGUGAAGUGUUUGAAGGGUUGAAGUCAUUGGUUGAUGUUGGUGGUGGUACAGGAGUUAUGGGCAAGGCCAUUGUAGAGGCAUUCCCACAUAUUACUUGUACUGUAUUUGACCUCCCACAAGUGAUUUCUAACCAGCCACUACAAAACGCAAAAAAUUUGAGGUUUGUUGAAGGAGAUAUGUUUGAGGAAAUAAUCCCACUAGCAAAUGCAGUUUUACUCAAGUGGAUUCUACACGAUUGGAAUGAUGAACAAAGUAUUAGGAUAUUGAAGAAGUGUAAAGAUGCAAUUCCGAGCAGAGAGAAAGGUGGAAAAUUGAUCAUCAUAGACAUUGUGAUGGAAGACAAGAAAGAAGAGAAAGAGUCAACUGAAACUCAACUUUUGUUUGAUGUUUUGAUGAUGGUCAAUCUAGGUGGGAAGGAAAGGAAUGAGAAUGAAUGGAAGAAUCUAUUUAUGGAAGCAGGUUUUAGUGGUUACAAGAUCAUUUCUGAGUUGGGUUUAAGGUCUGUUAUUGAGGUCUACCCUGCCUAAUAAUUAACUCAACCCAUUACUUAUUUAUGUUGUUUUUUACCACUUGUAUUAUCUCAGAGCUUUUACUAUUUAUUUUUUUUAUCAUAUAUAUAUUAUUGAAGUUUUAUGCA